AGGCUGUCUAUAAAUAUCUGCUUCCUUAACCUGCUUAAGGUGUACCAUUAGCUGAGAGAGAGAGAGAGAGAGAGAGAGAGAGAGAGAGAAAUCAUGAAGAUUGUUCCUUUGUUGAAAUCUUUAUCUAGGACUAGGUCUGUCCAUAAUCAUCAAGAACAACAUGAUCACCAAGAAUACAAGGCCACUGAUAGUUGUACUUCUGGGGCCUGCACAUCAUUAACAGUGUGGAGAAAAUCCCUUCUAAUUAGCUGUAAAGGGUUCACGGUCAUCGAUUCCAACGGAGAUCUCGUUUAUCGGGUGGACAACUACAUCGGACAUCCUGAGGAAGUCAUUCUCAUGGAUGGCUCUGGAAAAUCUGUCCUCACAAUGCGUCGCCGAAAGAAGCUUAGUCUCGUUGAUGGUUGGUUUGUGCACGAAGGGGAAACUGGCGGUUGUUGCACAAAAAGAGCAACUGCAGCAUCAAAAAGUAGGCCAACGUUUUACGUGAGGAAGAACAUGAACAUGAUAAAUACCAAUCCCAGUAGUCUACUUGCUUAUGUGUAUCGCGAGACAUGUGGUCACAAAAGACAUGCAUAUGUGAUUGAAGGUUCUUACACGCACAGAUCAUGCAAAGUAUCAGAUGAGUCGAGGAAUGUGGUAGCUGAGAUCAAGAAAAAGGAAGCAAAUAUUGGAGGUGUUUCUUAUGGGGUAGAUGUUUUUCAUUUGAUUGUGCAUCAUGGCUUUGAUUCUGGAUUUGCAAUGGCUCUUGUAUUAGUAUUAGAUCAGUUGUUUUCUUAGGUUAAUUUUCGUACAGGAUCCAUGUAAUUACUACUGAGGAGUUAUCUGUCUGCAAAUCUCAACAAAUUAUAGUUUAAUCACAAAAUGAUCUCUUACA